AUGGUUGUGGGAGCUGAGGGGGUCACUCAGGGAGAAGAUCACCAGGAGGAUGUAACUCUGGGGAGCACCUACUCUGAAGGCAGGGAAAGUGUAGUGGAGGAGAUAGAAAAGGCUGUGAAAGAGUGGUCUCCUGUGCCCCACCGGGCGCAUUCUCGCCUGUGCCCGGGGGUGCCGGCCAAUGCGCCCUGGGCGCGCCAGGUGCUCCGGGGCACGGGCGCUCGGGGUCAGCGGCUGCAUUUGGCGCCUGUGAUUGGCAACCGCCAGCCUCAGCCCGGGAGCGCCCUCCCACCCAAGGCGAAGUCAAGCCCCCGCCUGGCCCUAGGCAGCCUUCUCCUCCUCUUAGGCCCUCGACUACCCAGCGCAGGGCGGGAUCCGGCCGCGCACUUACCCCGCGGGCCGCGGAGCAACCAGGGUUCCAGGCGAUACGAUCUGCGCAGUCCUCGCCAGGGCCGGGCCAUAAAGAUCGAUUUUGCGCCGCUCAACGUCCCGCUGGCGCGACGGCUGCAGACCGCGGCGGUGCUGGAGUGGGUCCUGUCCUUCAUGCUGCUGGCACAGGAGUGCAUUGGAACCCUCGUGAUCCUGAUCAUACACACCUGUUGGUUCCUUCAGGUCCCUUACUUGCAAUGGCUUUACUUUGACUGGUGUACUCCGGAGCUAGGAAGCAGGAGAGCCCAGUGGAUCAGAAGCUGGGCCGUUUGGGGCUACUUUAAGGACUAUUUUCCAAUUCAUCUCAUCAAAACUUGGGAUUUGGAUCCAAGUCACAACUACAUAUUUGGAUUUCACCCCCAUGGAGUACUGGUUGCUGGAGCCUUUGGAAAUUUCUGUGCAAACCAUUCGGACCUCAAGGAGCUGUUUCCUGGCUUUACUGCAUGUUUUCAUAUGCUCCCCUUUUGGCUCUGUUGUCCUUUCUUCCGAGAAUAUCUGAUGAGUUACGGGCCAGUCUCAGUUUCCAAGAAAAGUGUGUCUUAUGUGCUGAGCAAAGAGGGAGGUAGAAACAUUUCAGCCAUUGUCCUUGGGGGUGCAAAAGAAUCAUUGAAUGCACAUCCUGGAAAUGUCACUGUGUUCAUCCGCCAGCAAAAAGGAUUUGUUAAAAUGGCUUUGACCCAUGGUGACUAUUUGGUCCCAGUGUUUUCUUUUGGUGAAAAUGAGCUAUUUAAACAAGUAAACAACCCUGAAGGCUCAUGACUUUGAAAUUUACGGGAGAAACUGCAGUGUAUCAGGAGGUUUGCUUUGCCACUGUUUUAUGCAAGAGGAAUUUGUCAGUACAAUUUUGGCUUCAUACCCUGUAUGAAACCUACCCACACUGUUGUUGGCCCCCCAAUCCCUGUUCAUCAGACUCAGCACCCAACCCCAGAGCAGACUGAGGAGUUGUAUCAGACCUAUCUGGAGGAGCUCAGGAAAUUAUUUGAGGAGCACAAAUGGAAGCAUGGUAUUUCUGAGCACGGAACUCUCAUUUUUGAAUAAUCACACUCUCAGAAGGCGUAAGGGAGGACAAAAAAACAUUCGAUUGAGAGAAUAAAUAAUAAGCUUUUUUUUUUCUUUGACUGUGGCAUCAAUUUAUAACUGAAAAGUAUUAUUUAUGGUGGCCGAUACUGAUGUUUUUGUCUGUGGUAAAUAAAAACACAGCAGAUGAUUAUUAGAUAAUGUUGGGGAGGACUAUAAAAAUUUUAAUAAUAUUCCUCAUUUGGGAAGGAAAAGGUUUAG